AUGACAAGUUUGGAAUUCAAGCGAUGGCUAAGCCUCAUAGUGUUACCUUUACUAACUCUGGCCGUGGAAGAUAUUUUCCUUGGUGAUAAUAUUUAUUUUGCUGUCAAUUGUGGUGGACAGGAACAUGUAGAUAUAUAUGGUGUUCAUUAUCAAGCAGAUCCAUUACAUGUUGGCAUUGCAUCGGAUUAUGGUAGUAGGUUAUCAAUAAUGAGGGUUGAUUCGCACGAUGCAAUUCUUUAUCAAACUGAAAGAUACCACACCAAUGAUUUUACCUAUACAGUACCUGUACCUGAAGAAGAUGGCGAAUACACUUUAGUUCUGAAAUUUUGUGAAGUUUAUUUUCAAUCGUCUCAACAAAAAGUAUUUGAUGUUCUGCUCAAUGACGAGGUGAUGAUUGCAGAAUUAGAUAUAUUUAAAGAGGCAGGAGGCAUUGGUGUCGCCUAUGAUCAUUUGUUGACUUUCUAUGGCUCUUUGGAUAAUCCGAAAAUCAAUGCAUUUUAUAUCUACCGUGGUUCGAAAUCGGAUAUCCCACCUUUAUACGAAAUGUCAUUUGAAGACGAUAUAGAGGGUGAAGAGAUGGAUGAAGAAACAGAUACUGAACCCCGUGGUGAGGUUAGUCGUUUCGAAGAUGAACCCCUGGUGGAGGAUCCUUAUGCAGAACAGGACACUAGCCAUAUGUUCAUACCGUUUCUUGUUGCCUUUGCUUGUUUUUUUCCAGUUUUAUUUUGCUUGUGCAAGUUGUAA